AUGAAACAUAUUAAACAUUUAUUACAAUUUCUAUGGUUUAUUAUUAUUAUAACAUUCUAUAUAACAAUAAUACAUGUGAAAUGUCUUAUUCCAAAAUUAUGUGUUCAUAAUAUCACAGCAAUUGGUGGAAGUGGUAUUUGUUGUCCAAUACCUAAAAAUUCUAAAUAUCCAUGUGGUGGUCCAGGUCAAGGUACAUGUCAAAAAGAAUAUACACAAAUUGAACGUAUACCAUUUUAUUUAAUUAUGGAUGAUAGAAUGAAUUGGCCAUCAAGAUUUUUUAAUCAUUUUUGUAAAUGUGAAGGUCAUUAUUUUGGUAUAUCAUGUAAUGAAUGUUGGUAUGGUUGGGAAGGUAAAUUUUGUAAUAAACGUAAAAAAUAUAUUCGACGUAAUAUAUUAUCAUUUUCUCCAAAGAAAAGAAAAAUGUUUGUUCAUGUUGUAACAAAAAUGCUUACUACUCCAACGGAUUAUUUAAUAUUAUUUGAAAAAGAUGCUAUACAUUCUGAUCCAUUAUGGAAACCUAAAUUUUUAGAUGUAGAUGUACAGUAUUUAUUAUCUUUUCUACAUCGUUACGCGAGCAGAGCUACAUUAUUUCAUGAUGCUAAAGAUUGUAUACUACGUCAACAUUUGGAUAAUAAUCAUGAAGUAGUUGGAUUUUUAACUUGGCAUAGAUAUUAUAUGUUAUUUUGGGAAAAACUUCUACGUAAAAUUGCAAUUCAACUAUAUGGUUGGUCAGAUUUCACAUUACCUUAUUGGGAUUGGGUCGAUUCUACAAGUUGUGAUGUUUGUGUUAAUAGUUUAUUAGGUGGUUAUGGACAGUGGGUUGGAGAUACUCGUUUAAUAGACCGUAGAAGUCCAUUUUACAUGUGGCCUGAAUACUGUUCUCCUCCAACUACGGGAAGUAACUGUUAUAGUUGUCAUGCUGGUUGGCCAAACUUUCGAGUAUUGACAAGAUAUUUCGAAAGUUCAGCAUUUCCAACAACUGAUAACCUUUUGUUCACUCUUUCAAAGGAUACGUUUUAUUUGCCCCAAAAGAUGGAGGAUAUUGGUAAAUGUCGUGGUUUUCAUCAAGUUCUCGAAGGAUUUUGUUCUUUUACCGGUGACAAUUCAACUUACUCAUUUAUGCAUAAUAAAGUACAUAAUAUAGUGCGUGGUACAUUUUGUUGUGCAGCAACUUCACCUAAUGAUCCUAUAUUCUUAGUACAUCAUACACAAAUAGAUAGAAUUUUCCAAUUAUGGUUUAUGUAUAAUCGUCCACGUCCAACGGAGUAUCCAAAUCAUGGAGUUGCACUUGGAAAUUGUCGUGAAUGUAAUAUGGUUGGUUUCAUUCCUACAAUUAAACACGUAUUAAUGUUUGUAAAUACAGAACUGAUAGGUUAUACCUAUGAUAAUUUUAAUUUCGGUAGACGUGGCUUUAGUGGAGAAAAAUACUUGAAAUGUGGUCCUAAAUAUCGUGUCUAAUUUAUUAUUUACUUCAGAUCAUAAAAAUUUAAAGCAUAAAAACUGAAAUUGAAUACUUUUGAUCAACUUUAAAUGAACAAAUACUAUUCCAAAAAUUCCUGCUGUGGUUUUCUACCAAAUCAAUCAGAUUAGUACUGAAAGAAAUUGAAAAUAAAGCGUAAAUAAUUGUUUGGUUUUGCUCAGUUUGUAAAGUUUUCAUUUUGAUAACACUUAUGGAAACAACAUUGGAGAUUUUAAAUAUAUAUACAAUUUUCCCGGAGUUCUGAACAUUGGAGAUUAAUCAUGUUGGGAGUGAAACAAGCAACAUCUAUGGUAGGGGAUGAUGAUCACACAGUUUCGUUGAUUGAUUGAUGUUAGAAAUGUAAAUCAUUCAAUUCAAACUCAGUAAUAUAUAGAUGAAAUGUUAACUGAGAGGCCUGAAGUUUCUCGGUUCUAUUGGUAGUAAGUUCGUAGAUGUACACUACGGGAAAGCCACAUACUAGGCCAAAAUAGCUGUUCAGUACCUUCUAGCUUUCCCUGACUAUUUAACGAAAGUCAGUUCAUGUAAUAAAACUAGAAAACUGAAGAUUAUUAUACACCAGAAAAUGAUCGUCUACUUCAUUUUCAAAUUGAUUCACUCAGAAAAAUGGGAAGUUAAGAAAAAAUUCACUGUCACCUAAGAUAUUAAAAACAUAUUGUAUUCUAUUCGCAAAUAGAAUCCUGAUUUCAGUGCAUCAUGUAAAAACGUUGUAAACAGUUCGCCUUUUUAGAUGCUCCAUUAAAUCUUAUUUAAGAUAAUUCGACAUAAUUUAAAUAUCGUCAUAGUGAUAAAAAAGAACAACGGUAUUUUCCUUCUGUUUUAAUGCAUGACUUCAUCAAUCUCAGCAAAUUCGAAAAUUAAAGUGAUC